GUUGAAGACACCCACGGAGAUCGGUUUUUGGGAGAGGUCCGAUUGCGACAUCACAUUCGAUUCUCUCGACCCAUGGUUCCAGCGUGCUUGAACGCGGCCCUCGGCGAGCCGCUGCCCGACGACGUCCACGCGGUCUCGGUCUCGAUGCCCAAGUGGAGCCACGUCGAGCGCUACGAGCAGGGCUGCCCGGAGCUCCAUGCGUCGCUGCGCAGCGGGUACCCGCGCUUCGUCUACCAUGGGUACGUCAAGGAUCUCAAUGGCUGGUGCACCAAGUACGUCGACAAUGAGUCGCAGACGGCCCGCGUCCUCCCGACGCAAGCGGUCGCCAAGCGCUGCGAGGCCUUCCUCCACCGCAGCUUCCCGGACGCCGCCAUCGACAUCGUCCCACUGCACGCAUGCGACGCCCACGCGAUCGUGCUCCCUACGAUCGCAGCCGCUUGCUUCAAGGCCUUUUGGCAACACAGCGGUGAGAUCACGUCGUCGCGCCUCGCCGAGCACGUCUUGAACGCAGUGUCGAAUGGCACGCCCUCGCCGUCUCGUAUGGAUGGCACGCCGACGCAUGCGUUGCUGCGUGACCGCAUCGGUAGCCUCUACGACGUCCCGAGCGACCACGUCAAUUUGUACCCGUCCGGCAUGGCGUCCAUCUUUGCCGCCUUUCGGCUCGUCCAGAAACUCCGCGGCCACCUGCCCGGCAAGACGAUUCUCGUCGGGUUCCCGUACCUCGAUACGCUCAAAAUGCUGCGGCGAUCCGAGUGGAGCACGGGCGACGUCCUAUUCUUCCCGCGCGGCGACGCGGCCGACCUCGACGCCAUCGAUGCGAUCGACCACAUGCAUGCGAUCUUCACCGAGUUCCCGAGCAACCCGUUGCUCCACAGCACCGAUUUACCGCGCCUCGCCGCCAUUGCGCACCGGCACAACACGCUGCUCGUCGUCGACGACACGGUCGGCUCGUACAACGUCAACGUGUUGCGCGAAACGAACGGCCACGCGGCAGACCUCGUCGCCACCAGCCUGACCAAGAUCUUUAGCGGAACGGGCACGGUCAUGGGCGGCUCGCUGGUUGCCAACCCGUCAUCGCCCCUUCUCGACACGCUUCUCGGAGCGCUGGCCGGCGAUAGCUUUCUCUUUGAAGACGACGCGGCCGCGCUCCUUCACGACUCGGACGACCUCGCGGCGCGGCUUACGCGUGUGAAUGCAACCGCAGCGUCCGUGGCGUCGCGGCUCGAGUCGCACCCGAAAGUCGAGCGUAUCUUCUACCCCAAGUACGUCGACACAUUGGCGUACGAGCACUUCAACUUGGCAGCGGCGGCGACCGACGCGCACGGCCCGCUCCUCUCGGUCGUGCUGCACGGAGGCCAAGCGGCCGCCAAGGCGUUCUACGACGCGCUGACGUUUGCAAAGGGCCCGAGCUUGGGCACCAACUUUACGCUCUCGUGCCCGUAUACGCUCCUCGCGCACUACGACGAGCUCGACUACGUCGAAUCCUGCGGCGUGCCCCGCGACCUCAUCCGCAUCUCGAUUGGCCUCGAAGCCGUCGACGAGAUCUGGUCGAUUCUAGAAGCCGCUUUUGCCUGUUGUUAA